GCUCGAAGACGUCAUUCGACUGUUCCACCGAUUGACAAGCGUUCGCGAGUUCUUGCUCAUUGUGCAGAGUUGAGUUCGUCGACACUACAAAUGAAGUUCGCGUUGAUUAUUGCGGCCGCUCUCGCUGCCGCUUCCGCUGUUCCCGUGUCCCGACAAUCUGGGAGCGGCUAUGCUAUUUUGAAUAAGGUUCAGGGAUUGUUGGAGUCCCAUCAGUACCUGGUUGACGACAUCGGUACCGCGGGAGUGGGGAGUUCGCCGGAGUCCGUGCAGGAAGAAGCCGAAUUCAUCGACGAGCAGCUCCGAACCACCGUCGAGGCUGCGGCGCAGAAUAUCCGGUCUGACGAAGCUUCCGAAGACCAGGAAGCGGGAGCCUCAGAGGAAGAACGCCAGACAAUUUCCGAAAUCAGGAGCGCCAUCGCCGACGCAACCGCGCAACUCGCGAAAAUUGUGUGGGAGCUGGCUCAGGCCCACGGCGGCAAACUCUCGGAUAGUCUCGCUCAGGCAAAACGAGACCUCACGAAACGUAUCAAGGAUCUCACGGAUGAGUUUCUGGUCAGACUGCGUGAAUGGAUGAUUCCGGCCGACGACGUCCCAGUUUCCUACAUUAUCGACGAAGUGUUCGAGCAAAUAGUUGCCCACCUGAAAGCUCAAAUCUCGGAUUCGCUCAGAGAAAUAUCCGACUGGCACAACCUGAUGACAGAAGCUGGCCGAGAGAAGCUCGCGGCAGCCAAGCAGCGGCUGACAGAACUGUCGGAGAAGAUCGCGGAAACGGUUCGUGAAUGGCGAAAGGAAAAAUCGUCGGAUCCCUCGGAAAAUCAGUCGCUGUAUGGGAUGGACCCGUUCUACGACGAUGGCUCCAUGCUGAUGCUGAUGGAAGUUCUGGAGGAGCUCGACGACGAACUCGCGGCUAAGGAGAGCGAGGCUUCGACGUCUGGUCUUAAGGCUGAGCGUAGUCUCGCCUACCAUGUCGCAGAAGUGCGUGUUCAAACCGAGAUGUUGCUUGCACACGUCAGGCAAAUGAUCAAAGACGUUCUGGGCGCAGAUUUCGCUUCGAGCGUCCUCCUCAGAUUAAGGAGAUUACUCAACCUCAAGGUGCAAGAGCUCCAGGAUCUCCAGAAUCUGAAUGAGGGAGGAGAAGAUUCAGAACGCAUCGCAAAACUAGAGGAAGAAAUAAUGGUGCUGCGUAAGAAAAUUAUCCAGACGAUACGAGAUGCGUUCCAAAGACCAUCAUAGCAGUUCCUUUCGACAAGCAUAAAAUGUUGAUGCGGAAGCUCGACACGCAAUAAAAAUCGAUAGAAGUCACUCCA